AUGAAGAUGGAGGAGGCUUUAGUGGAGAACGAGCUGGUGGACUGCUUCCGCCACGACUGGGAGGACUUGACGGGUGACGUCACGGCUACGACCACGACGAGGACCGCGAUCGACGACGUGACGCCUGGCGUCUACUCCCUCCGACUCCUCAGUUCCCUCUCCGACCUGACCCUUGGGACAUCCUCGUCAGCCACUGCCGUCCACUGGCACCCGCAAGCUUCAGAUUUGGUUGGGGUGAGCCUUCUAUGGAGAGAUGGGAAUAGGAAGGAUCCUACCGUAUUGUCCGUCGGAGGCCGAGUCCUUCUCUGGUCUCUUCCGACCCCGCUCUUGCCUCAGGUAUCCCAUUUAUUCAAUGGUAUCAAUCGUUCCAUGAUGGGGACACCAAUCAUAUGCACGUGUUCGUGUCGACGCAAGUUGGCCCUCGAGGCGGAGGCCGGUGUGGAGAAGUUCAAAUUCAGCCGGACGGACCCAGACUUGGUCGUCGGGGGUCUGGAGAAUGGGCGCUGCGUCCUCUGGGAUCUCCAGGGGAAAUGGAAGACGGCCAAGAAGACCUCUUCCUCCGAUCCUCUUCAUCCCUCUCUACAUUUCCUGGUUCGUCUUCACUACACGACCCACAACUCCACCGUUGUGACGCGGCAAAUCGUGACACAACCGGAGAAAUCAGAACUAUUGCUCCCGAUUUCUCAUCGUGGGUCUCCUCGAAGACUUGAUGACUCGUCACGUUUGCGCCCAUCGUUUGAGUUCCGGGGUUUGAUGAAGAGGGGAGAGGAAAAAGAUGAUGGAAUCGAGAGUCUGAAACCAAUCAGGAUCUCUCAUGUCAAAUCCAGUCACGUGGGACCAAUCAGGGAACUCUUUUUCGUCCCGUCCACGGUCCAGUUCGAGGGGAGGUUUCGGCUGCAGCGGAGGGGAAAAGCGGGAAGGGAUCAGCUGCGACAGUUCGUCACCCUGAGUCGAGACGGGUGGGACCUUCGAUUGUGGGAGGUGAGAGGGGAACGGCGCUUCCUGCAUCUCCGCAAUCAGGUCCGGUUUCUGGAUCCGAGGAAGCGGCCGGUGUCGAGCAUCGUUGCCGUCUAUUUCUUGGGAUUCCCUACCCCGAGUCAGGUGAAGAUGGAAGAGGAAAAGGCCGAAAAGAAAAACGAGGAGGACGAAGACGAAGACGAGGAAGAUGGGGGGACGCAGGAAGGGAAAGGACUGCAGGAUGAUUUGAACGGGACGGUGUUCUGGUUCACCUCGGAUGGCUUCGUCUACCGGGGGGAUCUCUGGGCCUCCCGAGAGGACGAUCAAGGCAAUAUCUUGAUGAAUGCGGAGGAACAGAUGUCGAUUGGGUGUCCCUGUGUGGAAGUGAGGCCUCACCCGCACAUCAAAUCUCUCUUCCUCAUCCUCUCCGUCUGGAAAGUUCUCCUCUGGAAGCCGGAAGGGGUGAUCUGGGAGAGCGGAUAUGGAGAAGGAGAUGAAAUGGGAGAGUUCCGAGAUGGGAGAUGGAGUUAUGGCGACAGUCGGCUAUUUUUCCUCGCCUCUUCCACGGGGAGAAUCGAAGCCUGGAACGUGGUCCAUCAUCACGGACGACCUCUCACGUCCACCCAACCCACCUGUCGCCCUCUGAACGGUUUGCUCCUGCCUCCCUUAUCUGGCGAAGGGGUCGUCGAUAAAUACUGUAUAUGUCCUGGUGUGCUUCUAGGACUGGGGCUGGGUGGUGGGGAUGGAACUCGGCUGGCUUGUGGAGACGAGUCCGGUUCCCUUCACGUGCUUCGUCUUUCCCCUUCCGUCCUCUCUCAUCCUUCCCAACACUACGUGGAGGAGGAAGAGAAGAGACGGGAAUCCGCAUUGCAAGCUCAGCGUGACGAGAAACGCAAAGAGGACAAGUGGUUGAAGGCCCAGUCGAUUAUCACCCGGGACUCAAAGUUGGAGAGCUUGAUGCAGAUGAUCUUGGAAGCCCAAAGCCUCAUGAUCGGUUCCAUUCAAUCAUCGUCUGAUCAUCUCGCACGUCCACUCGACUAG